CGUCAAGGCGCGUAAUUGGCUGCGCAGUGGUUCGGUUAAAUGCCUCUCCAGCUGAAUUGAAAUGACUUUCGCACUGACAUUUCUCCUGCACUAACUCUGCGUCCCUUUAAAGACGUUUUUAAACUUUUUUUCAACUUGCGUGGAUCAUGCUGCGUUCACUUUUCUUGUGCGUAAUUGUAACGGUUUGGACUCCGGCGGAUGCGCAAAACUCGGGCCGUUAUGUAGUGGGGUGUCCCGCGCGGUGCGACAAGGCGCUGUGCCCGCGCCUGCCCGCGGACUGCCCGGCGGGACAGACCCUGGACGUCUGCCACUGCUGCCCGGUGUGCGCGUCCGCGGAGGGGGAGGCGUGCAGCAACGGCGGGAAGCUCGGUGACCCGGUGUGCGAGGAGGGGCUGGAGUGCUCUGUCUCCGGAGGGGUCCAACACACCGCCACGGUGAGAAGGAGAAGCAAGAGCGGGAUUUGUGUGUGUAAAUCCCCCGAGCCGGUGUGCGGCAGCGACGGGGUGUCCUACAGGAACAUCUGCGAGCUGAAGAGGGUGAGCCGGCGCGCGCAGAAGCUGCAGCAGCCACCUGUUCUGUUUAUUCAGCGGGGAGCCUGCGGGAAAGCUCAGGACAAUCCAGACAGUCCAAGGCACAAGUACAACUUCAUCGCAGAUGUGGUGGAGAAGAUCGCUCCGUCGGUUGUUCACAUUGAACUUUUCCGCAAGAUGACUUACUCCAAGCGGGAGGUGGCUGUGGCCAGUGGUUCUGGUUUCGUUGUGUCAGAGGACGGCCAGAUUGUGACCAAUGCUCAUGUUGUGGCCAAUAAACACAGAGUGAAAGUGGAGCUGAAGAAUGGUGCUUCCUAUGACGCCAAAAUCAAAGAUGUGGACGAGAAGGCGGACAUUGCUCUCAUCAAGAUUGACGCACCGACUAAACUCCCUGUCCUGUUACUUGGCCACUCUUCAGACCUCAGACCCGGGGAGUUUGUGGUUGCGAUCGGCAGUCCGUUUUCCCUCCAGAAUACUGUUACCACAGGAAUCGUCAGCACUACUCAGCGUGGGGGCAAGGAACUGGGCCUUCGCAACUCUGACAUGGACUACAUCCAGACUGACGCCAUCAUUAAUUAUGGUAACUCUGGAGGGCCUCUGGUAAACCUGGAUGGAGAAGUGAUUGGGAUCAACACAUUGAAAGUAACGGCUGGCAUCUCCUUCGCCAUACCUUCGGACAAAAUUCGUCAAUUCCUUGCAGAGUCGUACGACAGGCAGUCUAGAGGGAGAAAGGAUGCUAAGAAGAAGUAUAUUGGUGUGAGAAUGAUGACUCUCACUCCUGCGUUGGCUAAAGAGCUAAAGACUCGACAUCGUGACUUCCCUGACAUCACUUCUGGAGCUUAUGUGAUGGAGGUCAUUGCAAAGACCCCAGCUGCAAAUGGUGGGCUUAAAGACCACGAUGUCAUAAUCUCCAUCAACGGCCAGAGAAUUUCUACAGCAACUGACGUCAGCGCCACCAUCAAGAGAGACGACGUGUUGAGAAUAGUGGUACGCCGUGGCAAUGAGGACGCCAUCCUCACCAUCAUGCCAAUGGAGAUUGAUCCUUGAUAAUCCUAACUUCACUCCAAAGGAGUCGGAAUUAAGUUAAACUUCUUUCUAGUGGACCUGAAAUAGGAGGGGCUUCCACUGACAAAGCCCUCUUCCUGUCUCCAAAGGAUUAUAAACUGUAAAUUUCUUAAAGAAACUGCUCAACAGAAGCUACAGAAGCAGUGCUGCCUUGUUGUUAUCCAUGUGACUAGUCACUUUUAGUUUUUAAAAGCUUUGAUUAAUACUAAACUACUGUUUGUUUUCAAACAUGAGACUUGGAUUGUUGUUUUAUCAAUUUUUUUGUGCCUUUAAAUGUUUGCUCGGUCAGACAUGCUGCCAUUGUUGGCACGUUUUAGACUCACUUUUUUUUUCAUAAUUGCUGUUUCUAAAAACUUUAAUCAAGUACUGUAAAAGUGUUGUUUAAUGUUUUUUUUGUUUUUUACUUCCUGGUGUAUUCUAAAGAUAAAAUAAAAUGUGUUUACUUCCAUUUAUAUUGACAUUCUGCAUGCAGAGGCCUCCUGGUUUCUCAACCAGUUUCUCCGUUUCGGAAUCACACACUUGUACAGAUUUUUCAGACAACUGUGUUUGUAUUUUGUUUGUGUGUGUGCUGGGUUUAUGCAGCCUUUCCUUAUCUGAAUGCACUCUCAGAGGAGAAGCAUCAGCCAAGAAAUGGUAAAGGGUUUGUUUUGAGUUUGAUUAUAUUGCUUUCAUAUGGGCCUGAUAGCAGUCCGUUGUGAUUGUUGGUCCACUGCCUGUGUAGGCAACCUCAGAUGCAGAAACAUGGGCCAAAUACUUCUGACCCACUGGGCAGUGGUCGCAGAUGCGGGGCCUGUAUAAAUACGCUCAGUGUUUCUAGAAGAGAAACUUGUUUGCCACAAGAGGGGGGGGGGGGGGUACCACAUUCGGCUAAUUCCUUAGGUUUUACUAUUUCUUUGCAGAGUAUUUCUUUAGAAACCACAUUUACAUGCUACUAAAGAUUGUUUCCCAAUAUAAUAGACAAAGUAAACAUUAAAAAUAUUUAAUUUUACUAGGGACAGUAAAUUCUGCUGCCAUCUCCUGGCUCUGUCUUAGAGUUGCAGUGUGGUUGACUAUUCAGGUUUGCUGAAAAAAUUAAAAUUACUCAAACUUUUUCAUUUUA